CUCUCAGUCCAAGCCAAUUACCUGUUACAAUGGAUGCACUCUCCAAGUCUGAUAUAUAUGUGCUGAUAGCUGUGGUAGCAACAUUUCUGAUACUGCUCUGUGUAGUAUUGGCUGUUGUGUGUUUCCGGCGUAGAAAACGGCAUAAAGGAACGGAAUACAAAAAGAGGGUUAUUGUGAUGAAACCGAAUGAUUUGUAUUAUCAGAAAGAUCCUCAGAAUGUAAUGCAGCCUUUAGUGCCCCAAGUAAGGAUUGAAGGACCCCGAAGACGACUCUCUUCAGAAUUGACGACAAUGUCUGAAUAUGAAAUUCCAUUGGAUAAGAAUUGGGAGUUCUCUCGUGAUCGGUUGAUUAUGGGCAAGCAGUUAGGUUCUGGAGCCUUUGGUGUUGUGAUUAAAGCAGAAGCAAUUGGUAUCGGAGGGAAGAAAGGAAAAGUAGCUGUGGCUGUGAAAAUGUUAAAAGAGGAUGCCACUGAACGAGAAUUGGCAGACCUGGUACAGGAAAUGGAAGUGAUGAAAGUGAUUGGCUCCCACAAAAACAUCAUCAAUUUAUUGGGAUGCUGCACUCAAAAUGGACCCUUACUUGUAAUUGUCGUUUAUGCUCCUCACGGCAACCUCCGAGAUUUCUUACGAGAGCGCCGACCACCUGUCAGGUCACGAGAAGGAUAUGAGCGACCAAUUGCAACAAGACCCCUCACACUAAAGGACCUCAUUUCAUUCUCCUAUCAAGUUGUUCGAGGGAUGGAAUAUUUGGCUUCCAAAAAUUGUAUUCACCGAGAUCUAGCAGCACGAAAUGUGUUAGUCGCAGAGAAUUAUGUGUUAAAGAUUGCUGAUUUUGGGCUGACAAGGAAUCUUCAAAAUAUUGACUACUAUAAGAAGACAACAGAUGGUCGGUUACCGGUUAAAUGGAUGGCUCCAGAGGCAUUGUUUGACAAAAAAUACACCACUAAAAGUGAUGUUUGGUCUUAUGGAAUCCUUCUGUGGGAAAUCUUCACGCUGGGAGGUAAUCCAUAUCCAUCCAUCCCAGUGGAGGAAUUGUUCAAAUUGCUCAGAGAUGGAUAUCGAAUGGAACGGCCACCUUAUUCAUCUGAAGAAAUAUACCACAUCAUGCAAAAAUGUUGGCGGCAAAAGCCGGAAGACCGGCCAAGCUUCUCUCUUCUUGUGGAAGAGAUCGACAAGAUUCUCACGUCAUUACUGAAGGAGGAGUACCUUGAGAUUGAGAGCCCAAUGAGUACAACCUCUGACAGCCAGUAUUCGUCCAUGUCUCAAAGCAGCACUAGUAGUAACGAAGGUGUGACCACGGUCGAGAGCUAG